UAUGAGUUAUUUAUAUAGCGUGGAGCUACAACAGGAAACGCAGUAAUCAACUGAGCAUUUCUGCGUUUUCAGAAAUUCAGAAAUAUCUGCACUUUAUAAUGUUGAUAUUGUUGUUAGCGUUUAUUACGUUUGUACUUACUACUUUACAAUCUACGACAGUUCUAGGGCAGUUUAAUUUUUACAGUGAAAAUUCUACGCCAAAUAACCGUCCUAUAAUUGGUAUUUUAGCACAAGAGAAGUCUCCAGAUCAUUCCAAAAGUUAUAUUGCUGCAUCAUACGUAAAAUUUAUUGAAGGAGCCGGUGCCAGAGUUGUUCCAAUUUGGAUUGGAAGGGAUGAAUGUUAUUAUGAAGAUAUUUUAUCUAAAAUAAAUGGAGUUCUAUGGCCUGGAGGAUCUGCGUCUUUCGCUAACAGCAAUGGGGGGUAUGCAGAUGCAGGAUAUAAGAUUUACAAAAUUGCAAAAAGAAUGAAUGACAAUGGAGAUUAUUUUCCAAUACUUGGAAUAUGUUUAGGAUUUGAGUUGUUAACAUAUGUUGUUGCUGAACGUUUUCCUCAUAGGACACGCUGCAGAGCACAGACUCUACCACUUCAGUUGGAAUUUACACCAGAUUACAAAAGCGGUAGGAUGUUUUCUGAUAUUUCAGAUAAUGUUGAAGACAUAUUGAGAACUAAGAAAGUGACAUCAAACCAGCAUCUAAAUUGUGUUACGAAAUCGGGUUUACAACGUGCUGGUGUAAGCGAUAAAUUUCAAAUAUUGUCUUUGAAUCAUGAUUUAAAUAAUCUUGAAUUCAUUUCUUCGUUGGAACACAUCACUUAUCCUUUUUACGGCUUGCAAUUUCAUCCAGAGAAAAAUUUAUACGAAUGGAAAAUCGGGGAAAAAAUUCCACAUGGAAAAAAUGCUAUUGAAAUUGCACAAUAUUUUGCUAAUUUUUUCGUUAACGAAGCGCGUAAGAAUCAUCAUAUAUUUCAAAGCAGUGAGGAAGAAGCUCAGACGUUAAUUUAUAACUACUCACCAACUUACACUGCAUUGGGGGACUCUGUAUUCAUGCAAUCUUACAUAUUUGAUUUAGUGAAUACAUCAUAUUGAUAUUUGUUUAGUUAGUUCUCGGUCUGAUAAUUUUAUUGUAUAUUGUUACUAAUUAUUAUUUUGUUAUAUAUUCUAUAGAUAUUAAAAGGAAUACUAAAUUUUUUAAAAUGAAUGUAAAUUUAUUGCAGACCGAUUCUAUUAUCACUAAAUCUUCAAUUUAUGCUGAAAAUUUUAUUCAAAAUAGAAUUAAAGCAUGGGAAAUCAUUACAUGUAAAACAGGACACAUAGUGUUCACAUUUAACAUAACACCAGUGUAUAUUGUGUCACAACUGGGAUACAUAAUAUUACAAUGGUGCAUAAUAAAGUUCUAUACAUAUUUCCUUCUA